AUGGUUAUUAACAUUAGUGAACAAUAUCCUCUAAAAAAGACGCUGUGCAUUUAUAGGGUGCCUGUUAACAUAAGAGGACUGAAAGAGGAAGCUUAUAUUCCAUCGGCUGUAGGGUUGGGGCUUUACCAUCACAACAUUAACCUAUCUGUAAUGGAUGGACAUAAGAAGGAAGCAGUUAAGAGAACUUUGUCCAGGAUCAACCUCACCUCCCAGCAGUUAAAUACAGAGCUUAAUAAGAAGAUUGAAAAGUUGGAGAAUGAAAUUAGGGAUUGCUAUCAAGAUAGAGCAAUUGAGUGCAGUGGACAAACUUUUGAGGACAUAUUUGUGAAGGAUGCGUGCUUUAUUCUUCAGUACAUCAGGUCGUAUGUGGGAAUGGACGCAAGUCCUACAGAUUCCACUAACUCUUGUUUUCAAAACUAUGAUCACCAUGACGAUUUCCACUCUUCUGUACAAAGCGACAUUUGGAAGUUGGAAAACCAAAUUCCUUUAUUCAUAUUGAUAACUAUACUCCAAUUGGAAUUCAAUGAUCAUGCAAAGGAUAAGUUGGCUGAAAUGCUUCAGAUGUUCUUUCUUUUUCGACCAUUUGUCUUCUAUUUUACAUCUUGCCGUAAUAAAAUUGAAUCAAGACUGAAGCAUCAUACUGAAAAUGGAGCACAUCAUCUGCUGGAUUUAUAUCGAAGGAUGAUUAGAGAUAUGCUAUCAUAUUCAAGCUCGGUAUCUUCUUAUGAUUUUGAAAGUCAACAUGGUAUCGAGGAGAGGGAACAACGUACCGAUACAGCGGUAAAAAGAUGUGGGCCUAUUCUACUGGAUGUCGGUUGCAUCGAUCGCACGCGUGUUCUAGUGGAUGACACUCCAAGAGCUGAAUUACUAGAAAAGGCUGGUAUAAAAUUUGAGGGAGGAAAACUCCGAUUUCAACGAAGUUUGUUUGGAGGCAGUCUUUCAAUCCCUAUAAUGCACGUGGACUACGCGACAGAAGGAUUAUUGCGGAAUUUGAUGGCUUUUGAAGAGUGUCAAAUACACACAAGAAAUUCUAUACCCACAAUAAUUUCUCAGUAUGUACACUUAAUGGAUGACUUAAUUGACUCUGAGAAUGAUGUUGCCGUACUUAAAAGAGAGAAAAUCAUUUGCAGUAAAUUGGGGAGUGAUGCAGAAAUAGCUGUUAUGUUUAAUUGUAUCUGCAAGUCAAUUACUGAGACUAAAUAUGAGUCCUUGGAAAUUACUAUGAGACAAGCUAGAAAGCACUAUAAUAGCCGAUUACAGAGAUGGGUCAGUGAGUUCAAAAAGGAGAACUGUUCAAAACCAUGGUAUGUUGUCUCUGGUGUGGUAGCAGCACUUAUUUUAGUGAUGACUGCUGUCCAAACUGUCUAUGCAGUGAAAAAGUUAAGGUACAGGCAUAUGAUUUCAGGUUGA